ACCCACGUGAUGAAGUCAAGUCUCUCUCUUGGCAAUGAGUGAGGUUGUUCCUGCCCAUGAUUCUGACGAGUUUCCAGUGUCUCCAGAGCCUAUUCAAGAGAGGAAGGAAGCCAGGAGGGUCUCUAGGCCUCGUCUGAACGCUGUCCUACACGUAGCAACUGCCAUGGUACUGGCAAGGAUCGUCUUCCUGGCCCUGUCUUUAAUUUUCUCCAAUUUCAAUACUGCAGGAACAGAAGAGAUCUAUAGUCUUCCUAAUGAGCUCCCCAGUGUCUUCUCCAAUGACUCCUCCUCCUUUGUUGUGGAUGUUAAAGAUGGUUCAGUGCCCUAUAACCUGACUAGGGUUCUUGGUGGGUUUGAUGUUGUAGUGACAAUGAUGUAUGCUCGAUGGUGCUCUCAUUCUCAGUCCUUUGCUCCUCAAUUCACAUCUACAGCUCAGACCUUUAGUGACACACCAAAUGUUGCUUUUGUUGGGAUUGAUUGUUGGAGGGUCGGUGGUUUGUGUCGUCAGAACGAAGAGACUUGGCCUUACCCUCGUAUUCUUGUGUAUCACAAAUACACAAACGAAAAGAUGGAGUACUUUGGAAAGAAAUCAAAGACAGCUUUAGAGAAACAUGUUCACAGGAUCCUAUAUCCAUUUAUCUACAUCACUUCAGUCCAACAGCUUCAAGAAAUCUUAGCCAGUGAAGAGUCUUUGUUGGUUGCUCAUUUUAAUUUCUCCAUUAAACCACAACCACCUGGUUUUACUGGCUACUACAUGGCUAGCUUACUAUCAACAAGAACAAGUAGCUAUAAUGGAUUAAGGAUUGCUCCAUUGUUUGCUGUUGUGAGUGAUAAGGUCUUAGCCUCAAAGUUGAGCCUUUCUCUCCCUCCAUCAAUACAGCACCUAUCGAUACACGAACCAAAAAAAGUUAGGAUAUUUUCAGUGAUAUUAUUAGUAAUCUCUCUAGCAACAGAUGUGUGGUAUAGUAAUAUGUAAUUCUAAUAAUAGCUAAGAUUAUAUGAUACCAGGUAAUGGUAAUUUAAUAGUAAUAAAAGUCUACAUUGUAUGAUACUGUAAUAUGCUACCAAAAGAGUAUCAAAUUUCAACUUUUGCAAAACUGAUUAAAGUCAAUAGUACUCAAUUUUAAAUCAAAGUGUAGGAUUCUCCAAU